GAAUUCUUUAAACCUUGGUCUGGGUAGAGAAAAGGAAAAGCAAAACCCUAGUCGCUUGUGGUGAGAGAGAGAGGGGGUGAGGGUUUAUAUAAAUUUACUUAUGUCGUUAAUGGUUCGGAAGCCUUCCCCUUCGCUCAUAGCUUUGAAGCCUCGCCAAGUUGUACUUUCUUCCAAUACAACCAUGAAGAACAAGGCCUCACCUCAGUCCUUGAAUCCCCACCAAAAGUCUCUUCUCCUUCUCUCCAUAGCCCAGUUUCUCGAACGCAAUUCCUUCUCCAAAACCCUCAAGAAGUUUCUCUCCGAAUCCCAUAUACAGAAAAAUGCUUUGACUGGUUCUUCCCUGGAUUUGGAAGAAAUGUGCUGCAAGUAUUUGGCAAUGAGUAAUAAUUCCAGCUCAAAUUUAAAUAGACAGCAGUUCCAAGAUAUGCAGGUGAAUGGCAAUCCUAAUGGUGAUGAACAAGUUGGCAUUGCUUCGGCUGUUGAUACUGCUAUCAAGAAAAAGAAAAAGAGAGGCAAUGAGAGUAGUACUGAUGCACUAGCUGGUCAAUCUGAAGUUGUUGAUAAAUCUGCCAACUCUAAGAACAAUGAGGAGCAAGUUUUCCACAAAGCAUCAAAGGCACCUGCUGAUGAUAUUAUGGAUGGGUCGCAGUUGGAUGAGUCUGUUAAGAAACAGAAGAAGAAAAAGAAGAAAAGCAAGUUGGAUUCUGAAUCUUACGUUGGUAAUGCAAAAUGUUUAGGUGGGGAAUCUGAAAAGUAUAAAGAUGCAGUAUCUAUGGAGAGUGAUAGAGUGUCUGAUGCAGGGAUGGAGAGUAAAACUAAGGAUAAGAAGAAAAAGAAAAUUAAGCUUACGUCUGAUUCAUUUGUUGACAAUGUUGAGCAACAUGGUUCAGAGGAUAAGCUGCAGGCUGCUACUACCUUGAAUGCUGGUGACAUUUCGUUGGAAGAUAAGACUACCAAAUCUAAAGCAAAAAGGAAAGAGAAGAAUGAUUCUGAAGAGCUUGAAAAAGGAAAAUCUAGUGGAGUGGAAUCAAAAAAUAAUAAUAUUGGGAUCUUGAAGGAGGAUUCAACAAUCAUGGAUAGUAAAGGUUCCAAAAAAAGGAAAAGAUUGGAUUCUGAAGUUAAUGAUUCUCAGCCUGUUGAUAAAAUGGCUAUUGAAGACUCUAAACGUAGAAAGACAGAAAGUUCACAAGGGCAGGAAAAUGGGAACAUUGAGAAAAAUGGAAAGAAUUCUGAGCAAAACAGUUUGAAGAAGCAGCAAAAUGGUUCAGUUCCGCCAAAGAAACCAUUUCAAAGAGUGAACAUUGAUGAGGUAGUAUUUGUUGAUAGAAGGCUUGAAGAUAAUUCAUACUGGGCGAAGGAUGGCGCUGAAAAUGGAUAUGGUGCAAAAGCACAAGAAGUUCUAGGGCAAGUAAGAGGAAGGGAUUUUCGGCAUGAGAAGACCAAGAAGAAGCGUGGAAGCUAUAGAGGAGGACUAAUUGAUCAGCAGUCUCACUCGAUAAAAUUCAAUUAUUCUGAUGAUGAAUAACUGGGGCUUUCUGGUGCAUGAUGAGUUAGUCCUUUUUGUCAUUUUCAUACUUUUUGAGAAAAUAUGGAAUAUUUAAUGGAUCACAAUAUGAUAAUUCUUGUGUUCCUCUGUCAACUCUUCUGUAUCAUAAAAAAUUGUCCUAGUUUUCAGGCUCGAAGAUCUCUAGCUAAUUGAAUCCUAUAUCUAUGUUUUGUUUGCAGUAGUUCAAAACGUUACCUUCACCUUUUCUUGUAAGUAAUGAAGCAAAUUGUUGUUUUGUUCCAUUGA